AUGUCAGGUCAAGAGACCUCACCACAGUCUCCCCCCGCAAACACACCAAAACAUCGACGGCCCUGGACUGCAGCCGAGGAUGCCACUCUGAGGUCUCUAGUCGGCCACUUUGGUGCCAGUAGAGGCUCAGAGGGAAGGUGGAAGGACAUUGCUGCUGGGCUAGAGGGUCGUACGGCAAAGAGCAAGUCACAAGGAACCACUCCAUCGUCAUCAUCUCAGAUGUCUCCCACAGACAUUGGAAUAUCACCAGCGCCUCAAAAUCCCAACAUCAGCUUGGAAACGAGCGGUGGAAACACGACUGAUCAUCUCAUGCCUUUCCCAACGAUGGACACCGAUUUGAACCAUGAUCAGAUGGGUUCCAAUUUUCUGGACUCGGCUUUCUUUGACACUUUCACAGGGCCUUCGCCUUCGCCGCUGAGGGAUUCCGAGGGCAGUGAAGAUACAGAAACGCCCAAUGAUGGUGCGGCACCCACAAUUGCUGGACCUGCCCCCGAUCUCUCAACAAACAUACCAGACCAAGUACAGAACGGCCCUACACAUUGUCCACAGCCAUCAAGGCCGUUGCCAUCCCAGCCGCCUCCGAAUAAUACGACCGGUUCAUUCACCAUGCCGUCCCCGUCGACAUGGUCCUCACUAGGCACUAUGUUGCCCCCAGGAACAUCGCCCACAAACCAGAACCUGUGGCUUGGAUCAGCUAGCAAUCCUUCCCUGCCCAAAGAUUGGGGCGUUCCAGCAGAUGAUUCGAUACCGCAAUCUUACACCGAGCAAUUUCCACUACCAACUUCGACGGCACAGACAAUACAUCACCAUCACCACCAUCAUGUACACCACCACUUUCACCAUUACCAUCACUACCAAGGCGGAGGCGACUCAUGGCGACAGCUGGAGCAGCAAUGUGAGGCAGAAGCUUUGCAGGCACACGUUCAACAAAACGAGAAUGGUCCACCGAAUGCCGGAUGA